GAGUUACUCAAUAAGCCAUCUCCUUCAGCCUCCUGGUUGGUGUGAUGUAAAGCAAUAUAUGGGUUGCAAACUUUGCCCUGGUUUUUUUACAGAAACAUUAACCAAGAGGAGAGGUAUAACUGCUCUCCUAGGAUCAGAUUUCUGUUCUCCCAACAGAAAACAGUCUGCUCUGACAAAGGAAGGCUUGAAAGGUUCCAAGAUGCUGCUCCAGUUGCUCUCUGUCCUCUGGGAGGCCUUGUCCCUGCAAGUUGUUCUGGUGUUUCUGGCAACAUUUCUACUUCUUGCUGAUUACAAGAAAAGGAUUCGCCCAAGGGAUUUCCCCCCAGGGCCCAGGCCUCUUCCCUUGCUGGGUAAUAUACCACAUUUUGGGGCAAAGGACCCACAUUUGGCAGCACGGAAGCUGGCAGAAAAAUAUGGCAAUGUCUUCAGCAUUCAGGUUGGGAAAACAUGGAUUGUGAUUGUGAAUGGAUUGCGUCUGGUGAAAGAAGCUCUUGUCCAUCAGGGUGAAAACUUCAUAGAUCGUCCAAAUCUUCCUUUUACCAAGGAAAUCGCUAGGGGAUUGGGAGUGUUGACCUCUAAUGGUCUUACCUGGAAACAACAGAGACGAUUUGCCAUAUCAACGCUCAGAAACUUUGGUUUGGGUAGAAGGACUUUAGAAGAACGAAUACAGGAGGAGAGCCGAUACCUAAAGGAAGCUAUUGAAGUUGAGAAAGGGCAGCCAUUUGACCCUCACUUUCAGAUUAAUAAUGCUGUUUCAAAUAUCAUUUGUUCUGUCACUUUUGGGGAUCGCUUUGAUAACCAUGACAGUCGUUUCCAGAAGUUUCUGCGCUUGUUUGAUGAGAUAAUGUAUCUUCAGGGAAGUAUUUGGAUUCAGCUGUACAAUGCAUUUCCCACUCUAAUGAAGCACUUGCCAGGGCCCCAUCAGACCGUUAAAAGAAACUGGGGAGAACUGAAAUCCUUUGUGGGAGAAAUCGUUGAAAAACAUGAAGAAGACCGGAACCCAUCUGAACCCAGAGACUUCAUAGAUGCGUACCUGAAUCAAAUGGCCACGGAGGAUGCUGCUUCCAGUUUUCAUAAAGACAACCUCCUACAUUCAACACUGGAUCUCUUUUUUGCUGGAACAGAAUCAACUUCCACAACCCUGCGCUGGGCCUUGCUGUACAUGGCCAUUUUCCCGGAAAUUCAAGCAAGGGUCCAAGAGGAAAUAGAUUCUGUGAUUGGCCAGUCUCGCCAGCCAGCGAUGGAUGACAGGGACAGCAUGCCCUAUACCAAUGCGGUUGUUCAUGAAGUUCAAAGAAUAAGCAGCAUUGUGCCUCUGAAUGGGCCCCGGAUGACAGCUAAGGACACGACACUGGCUGGGCUUCAUGUGCCCAAAGGAACCGUAUUGUUCGCCAACUUGACCUCGGUGCUCUUUGAUGAGGAUGAGUGGGAAACACCCAGUAUGUUUAAUCCUGGCCAUUUCCUUGAGAAUGGUCAGUUCCGGAAAAAGGAAGCAUUCCUGCCAUUCUCUGCAGGAAAGCGAGUUUGUCUUGGAGAACAAUUGGCCAGGACUGAGCUUUUUCUUUUCUUUACUGCCCUACUUCAGAAGUUCACUUUCCAGGCUCCAAAAGGCGUGACAUUAAGCUUUGACCAUCGGUCAGGUCUUACGUUAUCCCCCCAGCCAUACCGGAUAUGCGCAAUCUCUCGCUGAGGGGACUCAUUUUAUGGCACUGCUCAUUAAAAGAAGAUGGUGAAGAAUUUGGCCAGCACUGCCUCCUUAGUUUCUGUCCUUAGGGGGACAGCUCAAUAGUCAUAGCUCAAUAGUAAUGCAUGUCCAUUGUAUUUAGAAGGCCUCAAGUUCAAUCUGCAUGACUGGUGUGUGGUUCUUCUCAUAAAUGAUCUCAAGCAUGUGACUUUUAAAAUGGUCCCUGUGGCACAGCUAGAGCAAUGUCUUAUAAGUAUUGCAAUAAAAGAGCUCAGUUGGAA